AAAAGCAAAUUGGAGGACAUUUAAUUUUGUUGUUAUAUAUACAGCUUUUUUACCUGAUUUUAUCUGGUUAUGAGCAUGAUUUUUAUCAUGGGCAGGAUAGUGUUUAGGUUUAGAUGCGGCACAUAGGCUAUACCUAGCCUACAUUCGAUUUGUAUUUGUAACGUUAUGUAAUAGGUUAGGUCAUCCACUUUGAGACUUUGAGUAAAGUCCUUCCUAAUCUCUUGAUGAACUAUGUGAAUUAAGUUUAUGAAGUAACAUAAAGAAUACAUUUUUGUCAGACAUAAUUUAUAUUGUAACUUAAUCAUGGCAGAUGAUUUUCUAGCAGAGAACAACACUUGUGGGCAGGUAUUGUUACGCCUAGUAUCUAGAGGCAAUGCUAUUAUCGCAGAGCUCCUUAGACUGAAAGACUACAUCCCCCCUGUAUUCAAAUUCGACACAAAACAAGACCAACAAAAGUACGCAGGUUUAAUACUUGACUUUACCUACUUUAAGUCACCAGAAGAAUAUGAUAAAAAAAUUGAGAGUAAUGUAGUAAUGCAAGACUUGGAUGAAGAAUUGAGAGAGAACCAUAUUGACUUGCUGACUAGGUUCUAUGUUGCAUUUGAGAGCAUUCACAAGUUUGCUGUGGACAUCAACAGCUACGUUGAAGACUUGGAAGAUGGAGUUUACAUUCAGCAGACUCUAGAGAGUGUGUUCAUAAGCGAGGAUGGACGACAGCUAUUGUGUGAAGCAGUUUACUUGUUUGGAGUGAUGCUGCUUGUGGUAGAUCUACAUAUCCCUGGUGAUGUGAGAGAGAGAAUACUGGUGUCUUACUAUAGAUACAGUGCUCAGAGAUCAAGUGCUGGCAGUAACGUAGAUGACGUUUGCAAGCUACUUAGAUCUACUGGACUCAUCAGCGGAAAACGGCCAACAAACUAUCCUGAAGAUUAUUUUCGACGCACACCAUUGAAGGAGAGUUUGGUGGAUGUAGUAAUUGGACGGCUGCGGUCAGAUGAUGUGUACAACCAGAUCGCUGCAUACCCGUUUCCCGAGCACCGCAGCACGGCGCUGGCAGCACAGGCGGCCAUGUUGUACGUGUGCCUGUUCUUCCAGCCGCAGACACUACACAGUCAGACAGCCAAGAUGAGGAACAUCGUAGACAAGUACUUCCCUGACAACUGGGUGGUGAGUGUGUACAUGGGGAUGACAGUAAACCUGGUAGACUCAUGGGAGCCUUACAAAGCAGCCAAGACAGCCCUGGCCAACACCCUGGAGCCAGCCAACAUAAAGGAGCAGUCUACCUACCACGCCAACAAACUGGUGAAACUGAUAAAGGACACACAACAGUUGCUGACGGAGGGUUCUCUAGUUAGAGACAACAUCCUAGACCAUGCCAACAAAGUGAUAAAUUUGAUCAGAGAAUGCAACGUCUCACUACGUUGGUUGAUGCUUCACACUGCGUCUAGCCACUCUGUGGCCGAAGUGGGCAAGAAGUGUCGACAAGUGAGGGAUCAAGUGAUGGCCGAUGUGAAGCACUCCUCACUGACUGUGUUUAAGUUGUUGCUCAACACAGCCGAACUAGAACUCAAGGUUAAGGACUUGUUUAAAACGCUGUUGACGGAGAGAGAAGAGAAGUGGUCCAAGUGUAAGCAGGAGGCUGGGGAGAGAAUGGCUGAGUUGGCUGAAGUGUUCUCAGGAACAAAACCACUAACCAGGGUGGACAAGAAUGACAACCUGCAAAAAUGGUUCUUGGACAUCAACAAGCAGAUCAGCUCCUUGAACAUUGAAGAACCAACUAUUUCAGGCAGAAAAAUAGUUCAACUGAUACAAGCUUUGGAUGAAGUACAAGAAUUCCAUCAGUUGAACCACAACUUGCAAGUGCGCCAGUUCCUGGUGGACAGUCGCAACUACCUUCACCAGAUGGUGCGAGGAGUGAACGUGAAGGAGGCUGUGUUGAUCAAUCUGCAGAUAGUGGGGGACAUCAGUUACGGCUGGGAGCUCAUAGACAGCUACACUGCACUGAUGCAAGAUGGCAUCAAAACAGAUCCAGGGAUGGUUACUAAGCUUAGAGCUACGUUCCUCAAGUUGUCGUCUGCAAUGGAGAUUCCUCUGCUGCGUAUCAACCAAGCCGGUUCAUCAGACUUGGUGUCUGUGUCUCAGUACUACAGUCAUGAGCUGGUCAGCUAUGUGCGCAAGGUUUUGCACAUCAUACCAGAGUCCAUGUUUAGUCUGAUGGCGAGGAUAGUCUACCUUCAGACUUCUGUUAUCAAGGAGCUGCCGACUAGGCUGGACAAAGACAAGCUACGGGAAUAUGCUCAAGUGGACCAUAGGAUGGAGGUUGCUAAACUGACCCACCGAGUGUCUGUGUUUACCGAGGGAGUGCUGCGUAUGAAGAGCACCCUGGUGGGGAUUGUGAGGAUCGACCCUAAACAGCUGUUGGAGGACGGCAUCCGCAAGGAGUUGGUACACCACAUAGCACUCGCUCUACACACCGGCCUCACUUUCAAUCCUAAGGCCAAGGUGAGUGAACUCAGUGACAAGUUGACAGCUCUGGGAGCCAUUAUGGAUGGCCAUCGGCGCUCCUUUGAAUAUAUCCAAGACUAUGUUGGCAUCUACGGUCUCAAGAUUUGGCAGGAGGAGCUGUGCAGAGUGAUUGGCUUCAAUGUAGACAUGGAGUGUAACAGUUUCCUGCGAGUGAAGGUUAUGUCUUGGCAGAGUGUACACCAGAACAAAGCCAUCCCUGUGCCACUCUUCUCCCCAACUGAUACUCAGUCUAUUACCUUUGUUGGGCGACUAGCUCAUGAACUUAUCCGUAUCACAGACCCAAGAACGACCUUGUACGUGAUGUCAGCAACGUCCUGGUUUGACACCAAGACACAGAAGCAGGUGGCAGGUCUCAACUUGUUCACCAACAUCUCCUCUGCUGUUGGCAUCUCGGGUAUCACAGGAUUGGACCGUCUCAUCUCCUUCAUGAUUGUCACUGAGCUGCAGAAUUUCCUGUCUGUGCUUCAAAGAGGUGUUUUGAAAGAUAAGAAUUGGCUUGAACUGUUCGGUUCAGUAGCAAAAGGACUCAGCCCUAAUGAUCAAAAUGUUGCCAACCCAGGCAAGGUGUAUACUCAAUGGACGAGCAGAGCAGGCAAAGUGUGGCCUCAGGUGUUGGAAACAGUACUCAAGGUCGGACAGCUUCAACUCAUCAGGAAACACAUUUUCUUUGAACUUCGCACCAGCUGCAAGUUUGAAUCUAAGAACCUUUCGUCCACAUUGGAAAAUAUGAACCAGGUGUUAUUGAAUGAGAUCAAAGAUCACUACAAGGAUCCGGCAACCAAACCUUAUCCUCGUGAAGACAGCCAACUGCUUUUGGAAAUCUCCACUUACCUAGACUGGACUGGAAUUGGUAAUCCAUUUGCUAAGAUCUACAUCACAACCAAGAACCUCCAGUUUUUCUCAUUGUUUACCUUCUUGUUUGUGAUUGCUCAACUUAGUCGGCUUCAGUAUUCCAAGACAUUAGGUACUCUUAUAUGGAAGAAGGCGGGUGAACCGUUGGAUGGAAUGCCUUUCAUCGUUGGACUACAAACACUGUUCCGCCAGUUCCAUCCAGAGAUCAGGGAUCAGUUUCUGGUGUAUAUGGCGCAGUAUGUCAAAUCCCACAUUGAAGCGACUGUCACAGGUUCCAGCAAGUCAGAGUUUCCACCUGAAGUAGUGUCCAGUCUACACUUCCUGGUGUUGUUCUCAGACAUUGCAGGACUGCCUCUGUCUGCUGUCACUCAACACAUUCCAGAGACCAUCUUCAACUUGUUCCAUCACUUUGACCCCAGUACAUAGAGGGCACAUGCCAACAGGAGGAGCAUGGUGCCCUGUUGGCCGUAGGGGGGCUGGGGGCCGUUGUCACUGUGGUGUCGGUGGGUAUCUGGCUGUGGGGUAGGUGGACCGACGACCCACCGGCACCAUCCCCCCCGAGAUACUCGAGCCGGUUGUUGAUGACCCCACCACCUACCACGCCACAACGAGAAGUCACAAUAGCAGUGAUCAAUAUGGAGCCGGACUGAAAUUCAUCAAUUUGGAAACAAUCUAUGCUAAAUCAAUUUGUUAAUCAAAAAAUCAAUAAAUUUUUGUGACUUUAAGGGA